AUGGCACAGAAUAUCUACGAUACAGCCGAGUUCUUCACUGAAUACUCGCGACUUCCACGCUCAGUGCAUGGCUUGGAUGGUGCUCCAGAGUGGCCUACAUUGCGUGGGUUGGUCGGAGAUGUCAAAGACCAGCAUAUUCUGGACUUGGGUUGUGGGUUUGGCUGGUUUGCUCGAUGGGCUGUUCAGGAGGGACAUGCUCAGACGGUGCUUGGGAUUGAUCUUUCGGAAAACAUGCUACGCCGGGCCCGAGACGAGACGCAGAAGGCAGGCAUCGGAGAAGGAAUCAUCACUUACUCUUGCAGGAAUCUCGAGGAAGUAACGCUCAGUGAACUCCAGUAUAACCUUGCCUACAGCUCGCUAGCACUCCACUACCUCCCAAACGAGCCGUUGAAAAGACUGCUGGGCCAGGUCUUCAAAAGUUUGGUGUCUGGCGGCAAAUUCGUGUUCUCCAUCGAGCACCCCGUCGCCAGUGCGCCGUUUGAUGCCUUUUGGAAGAUGGGUGAAGAUGGCCGAGUUUAUUGGCCUCUGAAUCAAUACUGGGACGAGGGUUUGAGAGUGACAAAUUGGUUGGCGCCCGGUGUCCGGAAAUAUCAUCGGACAGUUGAUACUUAUCUCACUUAUUUGAUAGAUGCCGGCUUUGUCUUGAGGGCUUUCAAGGAAGCGUGGGAAGGGUUGGAUCUGAGGCCUAAGUUGGAGGAGAAAGGAGAGGCUCAUAGGCCUUACUUCCUUCUUGUGGCGGUGACGAAGCCGUGA